AUGUCUAAAGCCGAAAAGUAUGCAAAGAAGCGUGACGGGAAAUGUAUUGGUAAAACUGGCCAAAUAAAUGAUUUCGAUGUAUAUCUCUGGUCAUGUGAAAACAGACUCCAUCAAUGGGAAGCACCUUAUAAGACUCAGAAGCUUAAUAUUGCUAGACGAUAUACGAAAAAAUGGCGCGAUGUUGUUGAUGUACUUGAUAAAAAUUUGCAAGGUAGAGAAUUUAUUGUUAUCGAUUUAACUAGAGCAAAAGAAGACCCUCUAUAUAUUCGCAAGGGAUGGGACCAACCUAUCGAUCUUUCUACCUAA